AGGACCCACUGUUCUGUGCCUACCUCGUUUAGGUUUUAUUGAGCUUAACCCCAGCAGCACACUGUUGGGUGCAGUGGCAGCGGAACGUCGCUAGCUGUGGGACCGCAAAAAAAUCGGCUUUUUGUGCGAGGCCCGCGGAGCCCGGCCCGACCCAGCCCGCCAUGAAGGUGAAGGAGGCAGAGCGGACGGCCAACGUGGCCUGGUCGCCGGCGCCGCUGCCGCGCGUGCUGAUGGCGGCCGGCACCGCCGCCCAGCAGCUGGACGCCACCUUCUCGUCGACGGCUCGGCUAGAGGUGUUCAGCCUGGCGCUGGACCAGCCGUCGCUGGACAUGCCGGCGGUGGCCAGCGUCGAGACGGCGGCGCGGUUCCAUUGCGUGUCGUGGGGCGCGCACGGUCUGGGCGGCCAGCGGCCGGCCGGUGUCAUCGUCGGCGGCGCCGACGGCGGCCUCAUCAGCCUGUACGACGCCCAGCAGCUGCUGGACGGCCGGCCGGCACUGCUGGAGACCGUCAGCCGACACUCGGGCGCCGUGCGCGCGCUCGACUUCAACCCCUUCCAGGCGAACCUGCUGGCGUCGGGUGCCGCCGACUCGGAGCUGUUCAUCUGGGACCUGAACAGCCCCAGCACACCCAUGACGCCCGGAGCCAAGGCGCAGCCGUCCGAGGACGUGUCGGCCGUCAGCUGGAACAAACAGGUUCAGCACAUCAUGGCGUCGACGUUCACGUCUCGUUGCGUGGUGUGGGACCUGCGCAAGAACGAGCCCAUCAUCAAAGUCAGCGACGGCCAGGCGGGGAUGAAGUGUAAGGUUCUGGCGUGGCACCCGGAGGUGGCCACGCAGCUGGUGCUGGCCAGCGAGGACGACCACACGCCCACCAUCCAACUGUGGGAUCUGCGAUUCGCCACCUCGCCGCUCAAAACGCUCCAGCGACAUCAAAAGGGUAUCCUGUCCCUGGCCUGGUGCGAGCGCGACUCUCACCUGCUGCUCAGCGCCGGAAAGGACGACAAGAUCCUCUGCUGGGACCCGCACGCCGACACUGCCGGCGGCGAGGUGUGGAACUUCUCGCUGGUGGACUCGUUCCCGGACAUGGCGGGCGUGGCGGCGGCGCUACCGGCCGUGCAGCGGCGCACGUCCGUGCCGCUCACGCGGCCGCCCGGCUGGAUGCGCCGGCCCUGUGGCGCCACCUUUGGAUUCGGCGGCCGGCUGGUGUCGUUCCACCACGAGAAGCCGACCGACGGCGGCCGACCCCAGCGGCUGGUGGAGGUCCGUCAGGUGGUCACCGACCCUGAGCUGGUGCAGCGCUCCGAGCAGUUCCAGCAGGUGCUGCUGUCGGACGGCCUGCCCGCGUACUGCGCCGAGCGGGCCGAGUCGGCGGCCGAGCCGGACCGGCCCGUCUGGCGCUUCCUGGCGGCCCGCUUCAGCGCCGACCCGCGCGCCGAGCUGCUCGGUCUGCUCGGGUACCAGAGUCAGCAGGCGGACGGCGGCGGCAGCGGCGGCGACUCCGACCAGGGAUUGCAGGACAUGCACGCGGAGGAGGCGCCACAGAACGGCGCCGAGGAUGAGUUCGACUUCAUCGCGCGCUCACAGGGCGGCGCUAGUGAGUCGCCGACGGCCGAACCUGAGGAACUCUUCGACAUCCCGGCAGGGGACGACACGGACGGCAUGGUGUCGCAGGCCAUCCUGCGCGGCGACAUGGCCGAGGCUGUGGAGCGGUGCGUGCAGGCCGACCGCACUGCCGACGCGCUCAUCAUCGCGCUCGCCACCUCCCAGCAGCUGUUCGAGUCGACGCGCGACGCCUACCUGGAGUCGCUGAAGACGGACCUGUCGCGGCUGGUGUCGGCGCUGGUCAGCCGGGACUGGUCGACGGUCGUCUCCCGCUGUGACCCGGGCUCGUGGCGCGAGGCGCUGGUGGCCGUGCUCACCCACGCGCCGCCCGAGCAGACGGCCACGCUCUGCGAGGCGCUGGGCGCGCGGCUCGAGCUGCAGCACACGGAGGCCAUGUGGACCAACGCGCUGCUCUGCUACGUCUGCGCCGGCAGCGUGGACCGGCUGGUCGAGUGCUGGGAGCGCACGCGGCCCGACGCCACCUCGUCGCGCGCCCUGCAGGACCUGAUGGAGCAGGUGAUGACGCUGUACCGGGCUAACCAGCUGGCCGGCGCCGCGACGCAGCUGACAUCUGGCGUCAUGCAGCGCAAGCUGCUGCGCUAUGCCGAGCUCCUCACGUCGCAGGGCAGCCUGGAGACGGCGCUGGGCUACCUGGCCGAUUGCAUGGACCCGGCGGCCGUGGCGCUCUGUGAGCGCGUGCAGCAGACGCUGCCGACGAGCAUGGCGGCGCCACCGGCGGCCGGCGGCGGCGCGGCCGGCGGCUACCGACUGGGCGGACGUCGCCAGUACGCCGCCGACCCCAGCGUGGCGGGCGCCCCCGGCUACGGCGCCAGCAUGGGUCAGAUGGUGGACCCCGGUGUGUCCAUGUACGGCCAGGUGGCGGCGCCGGCAUCCAGCCUCUACACGCCCCAGUACAGUGAUCACCAGCAGCAGCCGGGGCAGUACAUGCAGGGAAUGCCGCAGGAGCCGGCGGUCAGCACCUUCACCCCGGCACCGGCGCCCACCGGUCAGUGGUUCCGGCCGACAGCCAGCAACUGCCGCCUGUGGAAGGUCGCCACGUCCACCGUGUCGAUGCUGCAGACGGUGACGCAGCCCAUCUACAACCCGGCGGAGAUGAUGCCGGCCGCGCCGCCGCAGGCGGCGCCCACUCCGCCGCCGCCUCAGCCAGAGCCGCCGGUGCCCAAAGGACCGGUGCCGGAGGAGCACGCGGUGCUGCAGAGCACGCUGGACCGGCUGAGGGACGCGUGCGCCGCCGCUGCGCCGCCCGCGCAGAUCCGGCGUCGGCUCGACGACGUCUCGCGGAAACUGCAGGUGCUGUAUGACCUGCUGCGCGCGGGUCGCGUGUCGGCCGCCACGCUGGCCGGCCUGCACCAGCUGGUGCAGUACCUGCAGUACGGCGACCUGCAGUCGGCCCAGCAGGUGGUGCAGAACGUGGUGGCCGCCUCGAACUUCGCCGAGGUGUCCGGCUUCAUGCCGGGCGUCAAGAGCCUGGUGCAGAUCGCCGGCCAGCUACAGGUCCAUAUCUAGCAUUAGAAGAAUCAGUAUCGGUGCCAGGAGGUAUGACCUCAAAAUGACGUCACCUACGGUGGACACCCGCGAUAUCUGCAGCAGCCGGGGACGCCGCUGUGACGUCAUCCGACUGCGCUGCGUUUUGACCCGGCGGCGUUGUGUAACAGGACGCGCGAGUGCGCUAAUCAUUGUGCCUCUCCAUACCGCAGACAUUCUCCAACGGGUGGUCUACCUAUGAGUCGCGCUAUCCUUUCCAGAUUAUUGUUCGGUUGCCAAAUCUGUCCGGAAUCAGGCCUGCGCCACGGCGAUCCGCGGCGAACUGUACGCGCUCGCCGCGCCGAUCCGCGGCGAGCUGUGCGCGCUCGCCGCGCCGAUCCGCGGUGAAUUGUGCGCGCCGGACGCCGGACGCCGGCGGCGUUUUGCGGGAUGUGGCUUCUGCGGACUAACACUCGGCAUGUUGGCCCGGACGGCGCAUGCGCAGCAGCGCCGGGCGGCCCAGCGCUCGUUCGUUGUUGGUGUCUGGCCGCGCUCGUGUUCACUGCCGCGAGGUGUUCCCGCCGGCCGCCAGGCGGCGCGCGCGCAGCCUGUGUGUGGGUUCGGUGUCUGGGAGGGAGGGAGGGAGGAAGGGCUUGUUCACGGGCAGCCGUGGCUGACGGGCCACUUCGGCGCUGCUGACAUUUCUCGCUCGCUCGCUCCGAUACACGGGGGCGUUGCUCGAGACGCCCGCUCGCGUCCUGCUGGCGGCAGCUGACCUCCCAGGAUGCCGCCGCCGCUGCUUCCUCUUGGCUACGUUGCGUGCCUGCGCGGCGCACGUGACGGCGGGCGUCACGCGCCAUCGCCUUCACGCGGAGGGAGGUCAGAGGAAUCCGCACGGACGCCGGCGCACUCCUGGGCAUGCAUGGACGUGGCAACUGGCCCAGAACGCCGCACGUUAUGAAGGGUUAGCUUUUGGCGAGAUGCCGCGUCGCAUGUAUUCACGUGUUUUGCAAGGUGUGUGGGGAAAUAUAUUUAGCCAGGACAG